UGAUAAAGCAAAUCUUGGUUUUCGUUUUCCUUGUGAUGGACCUGGAAGAGGGGGGACAUGUCAAGUAUCUGCCUGGGAUCAUGUCUUCUUAGGUCUAUUCUGGAUGUACAAUGCGAUUUCCGUAGUUAUUUUCCAUUUCAGUUGGAAAAUGCAGUCGGAUGUUUGGGGUACUAUAAGUGAUCAAGGGGUAGUAACUCAUAUUACAGGAGGAAACUUUGCGCAGAGUUCCAUUACUAUUAAUGGGUGGCUUCGAGAUUUCUUAUGGGCACAGGCAUCUCAGGUAAUUCAGUCUUAUGGUUCUUCAUUAUCUGCAUAUGGUCUCUUUUUCUUAGGUGCUCAUUUUGUCUGGGCUUUCAGUUUAAUGUUUCUAUUCAGUGGCCGUGGUUAUUGGCAAGAACUCAUUGAAUCCAUCGUUUGGGCUCAUAACAAAUUAAAAGUUGCUCCUGCUACUCAGCCUAGAGCCUUGAGCAUUGUACAAGGACGUGCUGUAGGAGUAACCCAUUACCUUCUGGGUGGAAUUGCCACAACAUGGGCAUUCUUCUUAGCAAGAAUUAUUGCAGUAGGAUAAUGGCUAGGAGGAUUUGAAAGGCAUUAUGGCAUUAAGAUUUCCGAGGUUUAGCCAAGGCUUAGCUCAGGACCCCACUACUCGUCGUAUUUGGUUUGGUAUUGCUACCGCACAUGACUUCGAGAGUCAUGAUGAUAUUACUGAGGAACGUCUUUAUCAGAACAUUUUUGCUUCUCACUUUGGGCAAUUAGCAAUAAUCUUUCUGUGGACGUCCGGAAAUCUCUUUCAUGUAGCUUGGCAAGGAAAUUUUGAGUCAUGGAUACAAGACCCUUUACAUGUAAGACCUAUUGCUCAUGCAAUUUGGGAUCCUCAUUUUGGUCAACCAGCUGUAGAAGCCUUUACUCGAGGAGGUGCUACCGGUCCAGUGAAUAUCGCUUAUUCCGGCGUUUAUCAGUGGUGGUAUACAAUCGGAUUACGCACUAAUGAAGAUCUUUAUACUGGAGCUCUUUUUCUAUUAUUUCUUUCUGCUAUAUCCUUAAUAGCGGGUUGGUUACACUUACAACCAAAAUGGAAACCAAGCGUUUCGUGGUUCAAAAAUGCCGAAUCUCGUCUAAAUCAUCAUUUGUCAGGACUUUUCGGAGUGAGUUCUUUGGCUUGGACAGGACAUUUAGUUCAUGUCGCUAUUCCAGGAUCCAGGGGACAGUACGUCAGAUGGAAUAAUUUUUUAGAUGUAUUACCCUAUCCUCAAGGGUUGGGACCACUUUUUACGGGUCAGUGGAAUCUUUAUGCCCAAAACCCUGAUUCGAGUAGCCAUUUAUUUGGUACUUCCCAAGGAACAGGAACUGCCAUUCUAACCCUUCUCGGUGGAUUUCAUCCACAAACGCAAAGUUUAUGGCUGACCGAUAUUGCUCAUCAUCAUUUAGCUAUUGCAUUUAUUUUCCUGAUCGCUGGUCAUAUGUAUAGAACUAACUUCGGGAUUGGGCACAGUAUCAAAGAUCUUUUAGAAACACAUAUUCCUCCAGGGGGUCGAUUAGGGCGUGGGCAUAAGGGUCUUUAUGACACAAUCAAUAAUUCGCUUCAUUUUCAAUUAGGUCUUGCUCUAGCCUCUUUAGGGGUUAUUACUUCCUUAGUAGCUCAACACAUGUACUCUUUACCUGCUUAUGCAUUCAUAGCACAAGACUUUACUACUCAAGCUGCGUUAUAUACUCAUCACCAAUACAUCGCAGGGUUUAUCAUGACAGGAGCCUUUGCUCAUGGAGCUAUAUUCUUCAUUAGAGAUUACAAUCCAGAACAGAAUGAGGAUAAUGUAUUGGCAAGAAUGUUAGACCACAAAGAAGCUAUCAUAUCUCAUUUAAGUUGGGCCAGCCUGUUUCUUGGGUUCCAUACCUUGGGCCUUUAUGUUCAUAACGAUGUUAUGCUCGCUUUUGGUACUCCGGAAAAACAAAUCUUGAUUGAACCUAUAUUUGCCCAAUGGAUACAAUCCGCUCAUGGUAAGACUUCAUAUGGGUUCGAUGUACUCUUAUCUUCAACGAAUGGCCCAGCAUUCAAUGCAGGUCGAAGCAUAUGGUUACCGGGCUGGUUGAAUGCUGUUAAUGAGAAUAGUAAUUCACUCUUCUUAACAAUAGGUCCUGGGGACUUCUUGGUUCAUCAUGCUAUUGCUCUAGGUUUGCAUACAACUACACUGAUUUUAGUAAAAGGUGCUUUAGAUGCACGUGGUUCCAAGUUAAUGCCAGAUAAAAAGGAUUUCGGUUAUAGUUUUCCUUGCGACGGCCCAGGACGCGGCGGUACUUGUGAUAUUUCUGCUUGGGACGCAUUUUAUUUGGCAGUUUUCUGGAUGUUAAAUACCAUUGGGUGGGUUACUUUUUAUUGGCAUUGGAAACACAUCACUUUAUGGCAGGGUAACGUUUCACAAUUUAAUGAAUCUUCCACUUAUUUAAUGGGAUGGUUAAGAGAUUAUCUAUGGUUAAACUCUUCACAACUUAUCAAUGGAUAUAAUCCUUUUGGUAUGAAUAGUUUAUCCGUAUGGGCGUGGAUGUUCUUAUUUGGACAUCUUGUUUGGGCUACUGGAUUUAUGUUUUUAAUUUCUUGGCGCGGAUAUUGGCAGGAAUUGAUUGAAACUUUAGCAUGGGCUCAUGAACGCACACCUUUGGCUAAUUUGAUUCGAUGGAGAGAUAAGCCAGUGGCUCUUUCCAUUGUGCAAGCAAGAUUGGUUGGAUUAGCCCACUUUUCCGUAGGCUAUAUAUUCACUUAUGCAGCUUUCUUGAUUGCCUCUACAUCAGGAAAAUUUGGUUAAUUUUAAUUUAGUUAUUUAUUAUUUUUUUUAUGUACUGUAUCAGCAACAAUCUCAUUUGUUUCGAUGGAGAGGGAGGAUCUACCUUCUUAUAUUUUUACAUCUAGGAUCCGAACUGUAUCAUUGAUAAUAAUAGGAACUGAACAUUAUAUUAUGGCAAGAAAAAGUUUGAUUCAGAGGGAGAAGAAGCGGCAGAAAUUGGAACAGAAAUAUCAUUUGAUUCGUCGAUCCUCAAAAAAAAAAAUAAGCAAAGUUCCAUCAUUGAGUGAAAAAUGGGAAAUUCAUGGAAAAUUGCAAUCCCCACCACGUAAUAGUGCACCUAUACGUCUCCAUCGACGUUGUUUUUUGACUGGAAGACCUAGAGCUAACUAUCGAGACUUUGGGCUAUCCGGACACAUACUUCGAGAAAUGUUUCAUGCAUGUUUGUUACCGGGCGCAAUAAGAUCAAGUUGGUAAAGAGAAAAA